AUGGCGGUUACAAGGCAGCCGGAGCUUGAACCAGACGACGCGUCGGUGGAUUCGAUAGAUUCCUCCACCGUGAAAUUCGGUACACCGGAAGCGUUAGAGUACGUACGCUCGCUCACAGACGUAGGCGCGAUGACGCGGCUCCUCCACGAAUGCAUCGCUUACCAACGCAGCUUGGAUUCAGAUCUCGACACGCUUCUCUCUCAGCGAACGGACCUGGAUCGUAGCCUCCUCGACCUCCAGAAAUCCGCUGAGAUUCUCGAAAUCGUCAAGGCGGACGCCGAUCACAUGCUCGGGAACGUUAGAUCGACCUGCGAUCUCGCGGAUCAGGUGAGCGGCAAGGUGCGCGAGCUCGAUCUCGCUCAGUCUCGCGUCAAUGUGACUCUCUCGCGCAUCGACGCGAUUGUGGAGCGAGGGAAUUGCAUCGAAGGAGUGAAGACGGCUUUGGAUUCGGAGGAUUACGAGUCCGCUGCGAAGUUCGUGCAGAGGUUUCUCCAGAUCGAUUCGCAGUAUAAGGAUUCUGGUUCUGAUCAGAGAGAACAGCUUCUUGAGUCCAAGAAGCAGCUCGAAGGUAUUGCGAAGAAGAAGCUGUUAGCAGCCAUAGACCAAAGAGAUCAUCCUACGAUUCUGAGAUUCGUAAGAUUAUAUUCUCCGUUGGGGAUGGAGGAGGAAGGUUUACAGCUCUACGUUGGUUACUUGAAGAAGGUGAUUGCGAUGAGAGGGAGGAUGGAAUAUGAGAAUGUGGUUGAGCUCAUGGAACAAGGAGUCGAGCAAGUGAACUUCGUUGGAUGUUUAACCAAUUUGUUUAAGGACAUUGUCAUGGCUAUUGAAGAGAAUGACGAGAUCUUGAGAGGUCUCUGCGGAGAAGACGGUGUUGUUUAUGCGAUAUGUGAGUUGCAAGAGGAAUGUGAUUCUAGAGGCUCCUUGAUCUUGAAGAAGUAUAUGGAGUUUAGGAAGCUAGCUAGGUUGGCUUCUGAUGUCAACAAUUCUCCAAAUCUGAAUCUGCUUGCUGGUGGUGCUUCUGAAGGACCAGACCCGAGAGAAGUAGAGCUCUACGUGGAGGAGAUACUCUCUCUGAUGCAGUUAGGUGAGGAUUACACAGAGUUCAUGGUGUCAAAGAUCAAGUCUUUAACCUCGGUUGAUGCUGAGUUGUUGCCAAGGGCUACGAAGGCGUUUAGAAAUGGUAGCUUUAGCAAAGUGAUUCAGGACGUGACGGGAUUCUAUGUGAUACUAGAAGGGUUCUUUAUGGUUGAGAAUGUGAGGAAAGCUAUAAGGAUCGAUGAGCAUGUACCGGACAGUCUUACCACUUCAAUGGUGGACGAUGUGUUCUACGUGUUGCAGAGUUGUUUGAGGAGAGCGAUUUCGACUUCGAACAUUAGCUCUGUGAUUGCUGUGUUGAGCAAUGCUGGUAGCUUGUUGGCGAAUGAUUACCAUGAAGCUUUGCAGCAGAAGAUUAGAGAGCCUAACCUUGGUGCUAGGUUGUUCUUGGGUGGUAUCGGUGUGGAGAACACUGGUACUGAGAUUGCAACUGCUUUGAACAAUAUGGAUGUGAGCUGCGAGUACAUUCUUAAACUCAAACACGAAAUCGAGGAGCAAUGUACUGAGGUGUUUCCUGCACCAGCAGAUCGAGAGAGGAUAAAGUCAUGUCUCUCCGAGCUAGGCGAGUUAAGCAACACGUUCAAGCAGCUACUCAAUUCAGGCAUGGAACAGCUAGUAGCAACCGUAACACCAAGAAUCCGUCCGGUUCUAGACACUGUAGCUACCAUAAGCUACGAGCUGACAGAAACAGAGUACGCGGAGAACGAGGUGAACGACCCGUGGGUCCAACGACUUCUCCACUCGGUGGAAACAAACGCUGCGUGGCUCCAACCGCUAAUGACUUCAAACAACUAUGACUCGUUUCUGCAUCUCAUAAUAGAUUUCAUAGUGAAGAGACUUGAAGUGAUAAUGAUGCAGAAACGGUUUAGCCAGCUUGGUGGGCUUCAGCUAGACCGAGACACGAGGGCUUUGGUUAGCCAUUUCUCGGGUAUGACUCAGAGAACGGUGAGAGAUAAAUUCGCUCGGUUAACUCAAAUGGCGACGAUACUGAACUUGGAGAAGGUCUCAGAGAUUUUGGACUUCUGGGGAGAGAACUCAGGACCUAUGACAUGGAGACUUACCCCUGCGGAGGUUAGACGGGUCUUGGGUCUUCGGGUCGAGUUUAAAGCCGAAUCUAUUGCUGCUCUCAAGUUGUGA